GUCAGUACCAUGGCAUUAGCUCAUCUCCUUCUCCUCCCUUUCGUCCUUCCCUCCCUUGAAGCACUUUCGAAUUCAUCUACCUUCCUUUCGCACGAAGGCAAUCACACCAUGCAAGCCAUGAUACAGCAAGUUUGCGUGGAUAUGGCCGACCCUGAAUCCUGCUUUUCCAACUUCCGACGCGAAUACGAACUACUGGGAUUGAAGAGCCCAGCUGCAGUUCUCAGUGCUGCCAUCAAGGCGUCGAUUGUCGAAGCGAAUCAAGCCAUGAAUGUGGUUAACAAGUUCGCUAACUCACCGACGACUCCUCUUGAAAAGAUAGCCAUUCAAGACUGUAUGGAACUCCUCGACAUGUCGGUGUACGAAUUGUCAUGCUCUUUAGGGAAGACGGAGAAAAUGAUAGAUGUCUGUUAUGACUCCAGCCUCCACGCGUGGCUGAGUGCAGCUCUGGGCAACCAAGAUACCUGCUUGGAAGGCUUCGACGGCACCGAUGGUCGCAUUUCGGACUGCAUCAAAGGGAGCAUAUACCAAGUGACGCAACUCAUCAGCAACGUACUGGUUUUGUAUCAUAAGAUGCUUCAUGGUUUCCCCAUGAGUGAAACUCCCGUCUAUGAUCCAGAAGACGAAGGGAGCUCCGAUGAUUUCCCACCGUGGAUGACAGGUCAGGAUCGUGAUCUUCUAAUGGCAGGUCCCAACGGUGAGCAUGUGGACGUCAUUGUAGCACAGGACGGGAGCGGAAAUUUCACGUCGAUCAUGGAAGCAGUGAACCAGGCUCCUGAUUACAGUCCCACGAGAUACACUAUAUACGUCAAGGAAGGUGUGUAUGAAGAGAUUGUAGACCUGAACAAGAAAAAGCAGAAUAUCUUGCUUAUGGGGCAACAGAUGGAUACCACAGUGAUUAGUGGAAACCGGAGUGUCGUACAAGGAUGGACCACGUUUCGAUCAGCCACCUUUGCGGUAACGGGACAAGGCUUCAUAGCCAUGUUCAUCACAUUUCGUAACACGGCAGGAGCCGAAAACCAUCAAGCCGUAGCACUCCGGGUGGACUCGGACAAAUCGGCGUUCUAUAACUGCAGCAUCGAAGGGUACCAAGACACCCUGUAUUCUCACUCACUCCGGCAGUUCUUCCGCCGUUGCCGCAUCUUCGGCACCGUCGACUAUAUAUUUGGAAACGGCCAGGCGGUGUUCCAGAACUGUUUUAUAGAAACGAACCGGCCUUUACCGCAACAACAGGUGACCAUCACUGCCCACGGUAGGACGAACUGGACCCAGAGCACGGGAUUCUCGCUACAAGAUUGCAGAGUGGAAGCCACGUACCCGGCCUACUUGGGGAGGCCUUGGAAGAAGUACUCAAGGACUGUAUUCAUGGGGACUUACCUGAGUGAUAUGGUUCAGCCGGAAGGAUGGCUGGAAUGGAAUGGUAACUUUGCACUCAGCACCUUGUAUUAUGGCGAAUACGAAAAUGGAGGACCUGGAUGGUUGCCGGAAAGACGAAUCAGGUGGCCGGGUUUUCACUUGAUACCAAACAACGAUGUUAGAACCGUCUAUUUCUUUUCGGUCGAUUUCUUCAUCGAUGGCCUGUCGUGGUUGCCGGCCACGGGUAUCGAAUUCACGACCUUCCGGUCUAUAUUCAAGCCCUAUCCCACCUAACUACUACCACUACCAGACUAUCUAAACAUUUCUCUUUGAAAGGUAGGCUAUCUAUAUUUCUUGAUGAGAAUAAUAGCUAAGAUGGUAUUACGUACUACUAGUCAGGUAAUGUUAAUAAUGCAUUUGUAGCUUUUAAAGAAAUAUUUUAUCAUAUAUUAGUGUUGGGCGAGUCGGGAUUUGCUAGUUCCUCACUGAGCGCUCCUCACAGGGGAGACGUUCUCAGUACACAGUGGGAUGUAGCUGUGAGGUCCAUGUGAGGAGCAGAUCCUAAUUCGUGUUGGAUUAAGUUUGGGAUUGGUUAAAAAUAAGUGCUUGUUUGAAUACAUACUUAUACUUAUUUU